CCACACCAAAAAGACGCCGCCCAACUCGCGGAGGCGGAAAAAAAAAGAGGAGAAAAAAGGCAAAAAUUCGCGCACAGCAACCGAAUCAUCUGCCUCAAGUAGUAGUCUUCUCUUCUCCUCGAGUCUGCGUGAGAUCGAAGCAGCGGCGCUCCUCCCUCCCCUCCGGCUCCGACCCCCCAUGGCGUUCAUGCGCACCCACUCCAAUGCAUCCUCUGGUAUGGGGGUUGCUCCUGAUAUCAGGAACACAUUCCUCGAGCUUCAGAUGAAGAAAGCAUUUCGCUAUGUUAUCUUCAAAAUCGAGGAAAAGCAAAAGCAGGUUGUCGUGGAGAAGACAGGGGCUACAACUGAGAGUUAUGAUGAUUUCCUGGCGUGUCUCCCAGAAAAUGACUGCAGAUAUGCCCUCUAUGAUUUUGACUUUGUUACUGGUGAGAAUGUGCAAAAGAGCAAGAUUUUCUUCAUUGCCUGGUCUCCUUCAACAUCCCGGAUCCGUGCUAAGAUGCUGUACUCCACCUCCAAGGAUCGCAUCAAGCAAGAACUUGAUGGGUUCCACUACGAGAUCCAGGCAACAGACCCAUCUGAGGUAGACCUUGAGGUCCUCCGGGAGCGGGCUCACUAAGGCCCUGACCUGCGAACCUCAAGUCAGACGCAAAUUCAUCCUACCAGUAAUGCUCCCUUGCCGUGCUAUUGUUAAUAAGAAAGAUAUCCAUAUUUCCUGUAAAACGUAUCAUCAUCAUCAUUUUAGCUGUGCCUGCAUGAUUCUAGCUGAUGGAAUGUUGUCGAAGAUUUACCUGUACGAGGUCUCGAGCCUGUAAAACGUAUGAAACACCCUAUAUCCCAAACUCAUAUAUUGUGGUAUUAAUGUGGAUUACUGGGUGUGGAUUGGCCCUACCUGUUGUCACCUUC